CGCCUCGCGCUCCUCGACACCGCCCAACACCUCCUCCUUCUCAAGCCCUCCUCGCCUCGCCCCCUCACCCUCCUCGUCCCUCGACGCGCCCCUCGACUCGCACGCCAUGUCGAACCAAGUCCAACCUCCAGCAAGCCUCGAGAAGGUUGGCUCGCCCUCGACGCAGCACGACCUCGAGGCGCAAAACCUCGGCCUACUCGACACGGACGGCGGCGCCUCGCUGCGGCGGCAGAUCUCGGUGCAGCUCUCGGCAGAGCAGUUCGAGCGCCUCUACCUGCAGCCUGGAGGCGCGAAAGCCAAGGGAGACUUGGCCAAGCGUUUCGCAAACCCGACGCCGCUCGGCGUCGCCUCCUUCCUCCUUUGCUUGACGCCUUUCAGCUGUUACUUGAUGGGCUGGGUCGGCACGACGACUGGGGCAGCACCGGCUCUCGUCGGCGCCAUGCUCUUUGUCGGCGGCCUCGGCCUCACGCUUGCCGGCCUUCUCGAGUGGGUUCUCGGCAACACGUUUACGUCGGUCGUCUUCAUCACGUUCGGCGGCUUCUGGUGGUCGUUCGGCUACCUGCUCGACGUCACCAACGACGUCGCAACGACGCUCGGAGCAGCCUCGACGGACUACAAUGGCGGCAUUGCCAUGUACCUCAUCUGGUGGGCCGUAUUGGUGCUCAUCUACCUCAUCGCGUCUCUCCGCACCAACGUCGUCUUCGUCGCGCUCUUCACGUUCCUCGAGAUCACCUUCUGGCUCCUCGUCACCGUCUACCUUCGUCUCGCCAAGGGCAACCCCAAUGUCGAAAUGCUGCUCAAGGCGGCAGGCGCAUUCGGCUUCUUGACGACCAUCAUGGGUUGGUGGCUCGAAUUUGCCCUGCUCAUGGAGUGUACCGGCGUUCCCGUCAAGCUUCCUGUUGGGGAUCUCUCUGGGUUCCUCUCGGGCCGCCGUCACCACGCCGACUGAGCACCAUCGCCGACUUGCCCUCGUCGCCACUUCUCUCGACCGCUCUCACCCGCCACAUCUUGGUCACUGCAUCUCUGUGCCUGUCUAUGCUUGUACGUCUCUUCUCCUCGAACGAAGCCCUUGAACGUAGCCCUCGAAGGUUGCCAAACGAAGUCAUGUUUCUCAGUCAA